AUGGGUGUGCGGCCUGCUGAGGAGUGGGAGAGAAUUCCCCGGAUUCUCUACAUCGCUGCCAUCCCAGCCCACACCAUGGACCUUCGGAUCCCCAGCAGAGGACACAAUGCGGACACGGACCAGACAGGAGACAAGCUUAUUCCAGCAAGCAUGGGACUAGUCCCUUCGGAUCUGACCAGCGUGGGGCAACGCAACUCAGGGUGCCGUGAGCACAGGAGGUCCGUGGUGCUCAACUUCCCUGGACUUGAGGUGUUCCCCGGGGACCUUCUGGUGUCAGAUGGGGCUGCCGAUUACCUGUGCCACCCACUUCUGCUGCUGAAUCCAGAAUCCAAAAAGCCAAGAUGGCCUUUCUCCAAGAGAGGAGCGCAGGGCAAAGACAAACACAAGCAUGUGUCUGGUUUGGAGAAGUGCCUUUCCUCCGUGAAGAUUGCAGACUUCAGGGGCUCUGAGUUCCUCGGCCUUCAGGGUAAGACCUGGAAUGAAGUCAUGGAAAUACAUCAAAAGCUUCCCACCGAUCAAUUAGACUUGAGAAAGCAGCAAGAGGCCGUGUGGGAACUUUUCACGAGUGAAUGCACCUAUUUCUUGGACCAUUUAUUAGUUCUUAAGAUGAUCUUCAUGAAUACACUUAAAUAUCUACAAACUUAUGAGUAUCUCCUGGAUGUGGAUUUAUGGAGACUUUUUGCAAACCUGGAGGAGUUAAGUCAGACAAGCUUUGGUUUUGUGAGCAGUCUCUUUGACAUCAUCAAGGACUACUUCGAUGCUUCCGAGACCUCACCAUCCGUGGAUUUUAUUUCCGUGCUCACGAAGUGUUUCCGAGGGAGCCUCUGCCAGAGCCUCCAGACCUACUGCCUGAACUACUCGGCCGCUGUCUUUUAUCUCGAGAGCCUGAAGCAGAGAGAUGACUUUGGAAUUUAUUUAAAAUGGUGCGAGCGGAACGAGCAGUGCAGACGGCUGCACCUGAGCGAGCUGCUGGUGGCCCCCCUGCACAGGCUGACUCGCUACCCCUUGCUGCUGAAGAACAUCUGGAGAAGGAGCACGGACUCCGCUGAGAAAAUCACCAUCUCCUCCAUCCAGGAAAAGGUGGAGAAGUCAAUCCGGGAUCUUGAAGGAAAAGUGAAGUGGCUUGACAAUUUCCAGAAAGUUAGACAUCUGCAGGAGAUUGUAGUGUGGCCUCCGCUGUGGGAUCGAGAUAAAAGGUUUUUCGUUCCCGAGUGCCUGAAACACAUUUUUAAAGAAUACACGGCAGAAAACAUCCUGUCACCAACCAACAGACACCUGCUCUAUGAGGGAAAAUUAACUCUUACAGAAAGUACCAGAUUCCUAGAUGUUUAUCUGUUUCUCUUUGACGAUUUCCUCUUAGUUACGAAAACUAAGCGCAACAAAAAGAAAGCUGGAGGCUUGGACACAGGUAUCAUGUGUCCCUCACUAACUCCUGAGCUGCAGACAGUAAUCAAAGAGGGUGGUUCGUGCACAGUGCUGGAUCAGCCCAUCCCGCUGGAUAGAUUGGUGGUCCAAAGUACCGACCCACUCCACGAACCAGUCUUCGGGCUGAGAAACGCCUUCCUUAUUCAACAUGAAAACCGGUAUCGACAGUGCAUAGCAGCGUUCUUAUUACAAGCCCAGACGGAAAACAUCAAAAAAACAUGGAUGGCACAAAUUGCAGCGGCAAUCUCUAACUUCACCAAGACUCGGGACACCCAGAAGAUAUCUUUAUUCACGUCACCUGCAGAAUCCUCUGAAAUUUAG